UUAGGGCAUAGUGCUAAGGAUGGACGCUUUUCCGUAUCUUUGGAUAGAGUUAAUCUAAGGUUGUUGGUGGGACUGUUGACCUGUAUGUGAUUGGGGUCGCUGAGGAUCCCAUGUGAGAGCGCUGCGGGGUAGAAGAGGAGUCCUCGGAGCAUGUUCUGUGAGGCUCUGAGUUUCUACAGGCAGACUAUACUGGAGUAAAAACACUGAAUGCUAAAGAGAUGGAAUUCAGGGAUAUACUAGACUUCGCCAGAAGGGCAGAUAUUGAGGCUUAGGGAAUGUAGUUGUGCAUAAGUGCCCGACAUUGUCCGUGGUGGACCGUAAGCUACUAAUUACAUUUAUUCAUUCAUUCAUUAACCACUCUCAAGGGGUCCUCAGUUUUUAAGCAUCAUUCUAUACAUGAGUGGCGACUAUUAAUACAGUCUUAGAUAUCAAUGCCCUAGCACUUGGCAAAACAGGUCAUAUUAAACACCUUUCAAACCCAUACGAGCCGCCACUGCAAAAGGUAGUUGGGCGACCGCGUCAGAUCGGAUGGUCAGAAUGGCGCGGGGUGCGGUAACGGUGGAGAGGGACAUCAAGCCUGCUGUGAACGCCGAACGCCACGAUCCAGCCAGCCACAGGUCGACUCGACGCCUUCUGUUGAGUCACAAUUGUACCGGUCCGUCCAUAUCCACCGUUUUCCAUAACUCGACCUUUUUUAAAUCUUUUGUGUGACGUCAUAAUGCUGUUCCUCUCCUCGAUUGUCCUGGUGCUCUUCAGCUGCGGUUAUUCCUUGGCCCAACAUGAACACCACAACCACAUGCAGCAUAACCACGAAGAACAUAGGGUUAACGUGGCAGUUUACUAUGAAUCACUUUGUCCAGAUUCAAGGAAAUUCUUUACACAACAGUUGUACCCUUCACUGCAGGGGAAUCUCUCCCACUAUGUGAACUUAACUCUGGUGCCAUAUGGAAAAACAACGUCUGAAUUGAAUCUGAACGAGCACACGUUCACUUGCCAUCAUGGGCCCAAUGAAUGUCGAGGCAACAAGAUCCAGGCGUGUGCAUUGCGAUUGAUUGACGCUGGCCAGAAUACUGAAGGACUCGGAUUCAACAAGAUCGCCACAGGCUUCAUCAACUGCCUGAUGGAUAAGGCUGAUAGGGAAAAGGGAUAUUUCCCCACCAUGGACUGUGCUCAGAUCAACCAUGUUGCCAACCUUAAUACGAUUGACAAUUGUGUCAACCACACUGAUGCUUCCAACUAUCUGAGCAAAUUCGGCGAGCUGACAGACAAGUUGCAGAAACCUUUGCAGUCGGUACCUACUAUUGUCUUCAACAACGUAUACAACAAGGAGGACAGCGACUUGGCCCAGAUCAACUUUGUUAGGGCACUGUGCAAACACAUCCCAGGCGACAAACCUGAAUGCAUCAAAAGUGGCGCUGGGAUCCUUCAAAUGAGCUUUGUUGUCGUCGCUGUAAGCAUCAUACUUUCAAAAUUCUUUUCUUAAACAUUCAAACUGGUGUUCAUGAUGUGAGAGAGAGCCACGUCACAUAUUCAUUAGCGAUAUCGAAUAUAAGCUAUGCAAAAUAGUCCCAUACUGAAGCCAAAUUGCAUGUCAUAAAUUUUGUAGCUAAUGUGUUGCAUGUUUUUUUAUCUGACCUUAUGGUUGGUUCCUCAGCAAAAAGCAUUGAGAAACUAUCUCUCUGUGUGAUGUGGUACCUUUGCCAAAGUUUCAAAUACCAAGCGAUGUUGUUGAUCCUCGUUUUUGAAACGAGAAAUUUCGAGAUCCUAUUAGUGGUCUCUGACGUUAUAAUCGUGGUGAUAAGAUUAAAUGAGCUACUGAUAUAGAUAUUUUAAUGUUUAAAUUCAUACAUACAUUGCUAUACAAAAUUUGACAAGAGCAAGUCUAAACUUGCGAAAAAAGAAUCAUCACUUAAAAGAUGUGUUACUGAGACGAUUUAUGCAGUCUUAUGGUGCUAGUGAUAUGGCAUUCAUAUUAUAAUUGCUACCAGUUUAAUAUUAGCGUCAGUAUUUGUCAUUAUUGAGCAUGCAUUUAAGUUGAAGAAAUCAUCAGAUCCAUCAGCUACAUGUUAUUUGUUUUUCUGCCAGACAAUUUUCAGUACUUUUAUUUAGACGAAAUCUAGUUUGAUUGAACCGACUAUUAGUGUAGAUGAUUAAAAUGCCAUUCAGAAAGUGCUACCCUUUUGUAAAUACAUGCAUGUGAUGCAGUACUACAACUCAUAAUUAUUGUACCUGUGAAAUCGUAUAUAUAGUUUUGAGUUUAUGUUCUAGAAAAAAAUGUUUCACAUUCAUCAAAACAUACAUUAAUUUCGAUCAUUCUUCAUUAUCAAACGUAUUCUGCAACAAAUAGUGUGUGAACAUGAUAAAGGUGCCGAAUAACCAUAUAUUUUUCUCGUGUAGAUGUAAAAUUUUAAACUCUAUAUUACGCGCGUUUAAUGUACAGUCAUUUUUCAACACCUUGUAUGCCUUAUACUUAAAAUUAUACUUCUAUGAAAUACUUACAAUUUUAAAUAUAUUUUGUGUAUUGAUGUUUUUGACCAAUGUGAUGUUUAAAAAUGUAUUUUGGAUUUUUUUUAUUCAGCGUUUAAACACUUCCAGUCCAGAUCUGUUUGGAUUUUACAGUUUAGUUAUCAGUAUAUUUUUAUAAAUGAUUUUAAUAUACUUAUUUUUAUGUUCUCCAAUGUGUCUUAUUGAAUAAACAUUAUAUCUGC